CUAAGUGCUGCAAUAGAGGCCAUCAGUGUGAGCACAGAACUUGUCGAGGAGGAACUAAAGCCAUAUUUGGACACAGUACUCAAUGUUGCCAUAGAAAGAAAGAAAGGCAUAUCAGAGCAGGUGGUAGAAAGUGGGAUUCUGCCUGUUCUGGCUCAGAUUUUAAGAAGAAAGAGCACACUCACUACUCACACUGCCAGACUGGUAGCUGAACUGGCCAGAGAUGCUCCUGUGAGAGAGCAAUGCUUUGAGACAGGCAUUGUGUCUGCCCUUGUGACCUUACUGCUAAGCCAAGACCAGGACCUUCUCCUUCACGUUAGCCAGGCCAUCGCCAGGAUUUGCUAUGACAGCAACUUGCAGCAGGAGCGAUUCCUGAGGCUCGGAGCUGUCCCACGACUGGUGUCGGUUCUUCUCCAGUACAGUGAGAACGAGGCACUGCUGAGCUCUUGCCUUCUGGCCCUUUGUAACCUGGCCGACAUGGGCGAAGAAGAUGGCACCAUGCUCUCCUGGGAGGAAGCGGCAUAUUUUGGCGAGGGGGAGCGGGUUUUCCGUGGCACCUCACGGUACUCUUUCGGCUUCUCUUCAGCUGUGACGGUGGUCAGGCUGAAACAGUGGACUAACGGCCAGUACUCUGUGGCAGUAGAAGUGCUUCGAAGGUGCUCCACAAUGCUGUGGGGUGCAAAAAACGGCCACCAGACUGGACACCGCUUACCGAACUUUGCCCACCUAGUCAGCUGCCCCAAAUUGUAUAAAGUUAUCAAAUGCUCAGUGAAGAACAUACCGAGAAACAGGAAUCUGAGGGCAGCAGUGCUUCAUACCCUCUUGUGAGGCUUCAUCGUAGUGCUUUUGGACUCAGAAUAUUAAUGAACGUCUGAGGUGACCUGGUGUAAACCACGUCCCGAUAUUUAAGGAGCUAAUUUCAGCCAUUCAUAAUAAAGAAUGGAUCUGAAAGCACAAACAUAGAAUAUAAUUGCUCUCAGUUUCCAGUUGCUCAGAUGUCACGUCUGAACCCGAGAGUACCAAUCGAGAGCCAAAAUCACAAGCCAGGUCACAAGACAUGUUGUGUCCAAGCAGUUUAAAAAGUCCUACAGAUCUACGCUGGCUAUACACAGAACAUGAGAACAGGUGGACGCCGAGCUGCAAUCUGCUAGCCUUUCUGAACUCUGUGAUUAGUCCAUAAGAGGCCUUACAGUAGUAGAUUAUCCAGACCCAGUGUUCAGGGUCAGAGCAGCUACACGCACCCAGGUCACAAUAUGCAACCGUGUUGCAAAAUGCACCAAAGGAAAUAGAUUAACAGAUGAGAAUCGUGACUUAUGUUUACAGUCUUUGGGUCCAAACACAGUCCAUGUGAAAGCAGGCUUAACUAAUGAGCUACAUUUAAGCAGUGUUACACAUAAUUGGGUUUUAAAUUGAUAACUGCAAAAAGUUGAUGUCCAUGAAUAAUCAUGUAGAAAACCCCUGCUAAAUUGGCCUAUGCCCAUGUUACAUGCAUGUAGGCCCAGAAGGGGUGGGGGAUUUCACACUGUGUGCAGUGCUCCCACAAACAUGAAAAAUGUGGAACUAUUAAGAGAAUGUUAAUAUUGUGUGACUAGAUUGUGCUUUUGUGUAGAGAAAACUUGCUACACUACUGUUCAAAAGUUUGGGGUCUGUAAGUGUUUUAUUGUUGAAUUUUCUCUUAU